AUGUCAACCGAUAUUGAAAAUACACUGCAGCAAAGUCAACUGCCACAACAACCACAGCAGCAACAGCAACAACAACAGCAACAACAACCACAACAGCCAAUGUCGUCCUUGACAAAGUUGCUACAUGAAUCGACCUCAACCCUAGCUUCUCCAGUGUUAUCGAGAAAUACUUCUGAAGUGACUUUCAAGGAUCAGGGUCGCCGUACACCCGAAAUUUUGAACAUAAGUGAUACUGUUGAUGCUAAAUCACCUGGAAUCACUAUUGACGUUUCAAAACCAAAACCUUCUCCAAUAGAUACUGAUGGUAUGAAUGUUGAGCCACAGGCUGUGCAUGGUUUUGAUCCAUCUCCAAACACCAAAGUUUCGUUUCUGUCUCCAUUUUCGCCAACUUCGCCAUUUACCAGACAAUCAUCAAAUUCAUUUUCAAGUAACCAAGCAUUUCAAAAUACAAGAGGGGCAGUUGCUAGUCCAAGAUAUAUAAAGAACAAUUCAGUUAGUCACUCCUCAGUAUUUAUGGGUGGAGAAAGUUUAUCAUCGUCGAUACCUUAUUCUGCUCCUGGUGGUGGGCGUGGCAAUCCAGCUUCUCAUAGUGGGAAUACUGGUAGCUUACAGCGUGAGAAUUCAUUUUCAUCGUUAAACACUAGUGAUAGUAACUCAUCAGCCCAUAUUCCAAACUUACCCAAUGGCCAACCUAUCAAUUCAAUCCAUAUACAAUCUCCACAGGUGAGUGCUUCAAGCAUUGACUCGAGGUUUGUUGUAUCAAAACAGAGAAUCGCUCAGGCCCAAGCUCAAGCACUGUUGAGUAGUUCUCAAAGAUCAAACUCACAGAGUGGGUUAUCGUUUUUCUUUUCUCAAAAAAGUAAGCCAGCAGUGAAAAGAGAUUCUACAACUGACUUGGGUGCAUUUUACAACAACUCUUAUCAAGACCGUGAUGCACCAAUUGUUUCUGGUUCACCUAAUUCUUUAUCUUCGGCAGAAUCUACUGUGUCAUAUGGCAGUAGUGCUCCUACAAGACACAACUCAAUGGCAAAUUUAAAACGGUUUUUCAAAAAAUCAACACCAACAACUUCACAACCAGUGGGCACCCUGAAUUUGUCUUCAUCGCUUAGAUCGGCUAGUUCCGGUGCAAGUGGGGCAAUGAAUAUUCCAAAUUCAUUGAAUGGACAAACUAACAAUGGUUAUCAAUCACCAUCAUCAUUCAGUGCUAGCACUUCCAAUACUUCAUAUUCACAAUCUCCAGGCACCAAUUCUUCUUCAGUGACUCGUAGUUCAACAUUGCAAAACAAAAUGAAUUAUCAUGAAAGACGUCAAUCGGUGCUGGGAAUUGUCAACAAUUCACAGCAAUUGCCUUUUUCUAAACGAUACCACAGUAAAAAUGCUGAAAGUUUAGGGGCUGGUGCUGGAGGUUCAGUUCGGUUGCUUACAAGAGUAAGUGAUGGCUUGACUUUUGCCGUCAAAGAGUUUAGGGCCAAAUAUCAAAAUGAAUCGAAGCGUGAUUAUGCCAAAAAGAUCACUGGUGAAUAUUGUAUUGGAUCUACUCUAAAACAUCCUAAUAUUAUUGAAACCGUUGAAAUUUGUUACGAAAAUGAACGAAUUCAUCAAGUUAUGGAAUAUUGUGAUUUUGAUUUAUUUGCCAUUGUUAUGUCAAACAAAAUGUCCAGAGAAGAAAUCAAUUGUUGCUUUAAACAAAUUUUGGCUGGUGUCCAUUAUUUGCAUUCUAUGGGUUUGGCUCAUCGUGAUUUGAAAUUGGAUAACUGUGUUAUUGAUAAACGAGGAAUUGUUAAAAUUAUUGAUUUCGGAUCAGCUGUGGUGUUUUCUUAUCCGUUCACCAAAACAUUAAUUGAAGCACAGGGAAUUGUUGGGUCUGAUCCAUAUUUAGCUCCUGAAGUUUGUGUUUUCAAUAAGUAUGACCCUAGACCUGUUGAUGUUUGGUCGGUUGCCAUUAUCUAUUGUUGUAUGAUGUUAAAGAAAUUCCCUUGGAAAGUGCCGAAAUUGUCAGAUUCUAGUUUCAAGUUAUUUGCAUCACGAGGUGAAUUUAUUCCAAUUUCCGAGAUGUUGAAAAAGACCCCAAAUGAUAUGGAGAAGUCUAAUAGUAAUGGAAGUAGUGGGGGUGGCUUAAGUAAUUUGGAGGAUAUAAGUGAGGCAUUGGAAGAUGAGAUUACAGCCGGUGCUAAGCAGAAACCUUCAACUACUGGUCAAAAUGGUGCUACUGCCAAUGGGAAGGAUCACACAUCAAGUGAAACAGGAGCAAACCGUUUAUUGUUGGCUUUACCAGAAGAUUGUAGAAGACUUAUUGGUCGUAUGGUUGAACUAGCUCCAGCUUGCCGUAUCACUAUUGAUGAAGUGUUGAAUGAUUCAUGGUUGAAAUCAGUAAAUAUGUGUACUGUUGAGGAAAGUUCGCCUGGUGUAUUUGAGGUUAUUAAAUGUGAAGAUCAUGAACAUACUCAAGUGGAUCAAUCUAAAGCCCAUAUUGCAGCUUUUGAAAAGAAUAAGAAGAAAUAG